AUGCUCUCGACGUUGAGGAAGGCGGGUACCAUGGCACGCUCAGCGUCUACAGUUCAGCGGCGAUACCUGUCUAUACAUGAGUACCAAUCCAUGAAGCUCUUGAACUUGUACGGUAUUCCUACGCCAAAGAGCGUCGCUGCAACCUCUCCCCAGGAAGCGUAUGCCGCCGCAUCUAACUUUGGCAAGGACAAGCUGGUUAUCAAGGCUCAAGUUCUAGCUGGUGGUCGCGGAAAGGGCAAGUUCGACAACGGCUUCCAAGGAGGUGUCCACAUGGUAGAUAGCCCUGAACAAGCCAAAGAAAUUGCAAGCAAGAUGAUAGGCUCCAAGCUCAUCACCAAACAAACGGGUGAACAUGGGCGGAUCUGCAACGCCAUUAUGCUGGCAGAGCGUCGUCAACCCGCUCAUGAGUACUACGUUGCCGUGCUGAACGACCGCGCCACGCAGGGAGUCGUUCUCGUCGCGUCCGCUCAGGGUGGUAUGAACAUCGAAGAGGUUGCAGCCAAGAACCCAAGCGCUAUCAUCACCACCCCUAUCGAUUUCGAGAAAGGUCUUUCUAAGGAUGAGGCCAUAAGCGUCGCAAAAAAACUUGGUUUUCAGACUGAUAAGACACAAUCAGAAGCCGCCGAUAUUUUCAUUAACUUGUACAGGAUAUUCAAAGAAAAAGACGCAACCCAGAUCGAAAUCAACCCUAUGGCGCUGACGACAGACGGAGAAGUACUCUGCAUGGACGCCAAAUUUGGCUUUGAUGACAACGCAGAAUUCCGCCAGAAAGACAUUUUCGCCCUGCGUGACAUAUCUCAGGAAGAGCCAUCAGAAGUUGAAGCCCAAAAGGCCAACCUCAGUUUCAUCAAACUCGAUGGCAGCAUCGGUUGCUUGGUAAAUGGUGCUGGACUAGCCAUGGCGACUAUGGAUGUUCUGUCACUUCAUGGUGGCAAUCCGGCGAACUUCCUUGAUGUGGGAGGAGGGGCUACCCCCGAAACCGUGAAGAAGGCAUUUGAAAUUCUUCUUCAGGAUCCCAAAGUCAAGAGCAUAUUUAUAAAUAUCUUUGGCGGCAUCAUGCGUUGCGACUACAUAGCUGAGGGUGUCAUCAAAGCCACCAAAGAGCUUGGACUCACGAUCCCCUUGAUUGUUAGACUGAAGGGAACAAAAGAGGCGGAAGCCAAGCAAAUGAUCAGAGAAUCUGGUUUGAAGAUUGUCGCGUUUGACAGUUUGGAUGAUGCAGCUGAAAAAGCGGUUCAACUUGCAGUUUAG